AUGCCUCCCGGCUUUCCAGGGGGCUUGGGGGAUGCUGCGGCUCUCGGCGGAAUGCCUGCGGGCCUUCCUGAUGGAGUGUCGCCAGAGCUUCUCGCUCAAAUGUUUGGCUGCGGGGCCCCGGGCGGAGGCGGCGCCGCAGGUUUCGGCAUGGGCCCUGAAGGAGGCGGAGCGGGGGUGGUGCAGAACGACGGUGUAGACCGAAGCCGGUGGCAGAUCGUCUACCCAGCUUAUAUCAACAAAAAGCGGACAGCAGCAAUGGGCAGGCGGGUGCAGUUGACCGUCGCUGUCGAGGAUCCCAAGGUGGACGAAAUGAAGAUGAUAUGCGAUCACCUCAACAUUCCGUCGGCGAUAGAAUAUCUGAAGAAAUAUCCGCGGGAUUGGCUUCUUUCAUACGGUCGGCUUCGGUUUCAGCUGCGGGACGAAAAUAACAAUCUGUUCAAUCCUGAGAUUCCUCACAAGAAGGCCCUGUUGCAGCGCAUGUGCGAGCUGAUCCCUCAGCUGAAGAGCCGCAGCGCCGCAUCUGCUCCUGCGCCGUCGCCCUCCUCCUCGACCAAAAAGAAAAAGAAGAAAUGA